UGAAGCUAACAACUCACAUCGUCCAUCUCACGAUUGGUUUUGUUUUGGCUUCUGAGUGACUCAAACUAAGCACGAGGCAGGAGAACCUCUCCAAGAACCUUUCAAGAACAGUGUCGACCAAGAUUCAUACUAGGGACAGAAAAAACCUUCCUGCAGACGUUAAAUUAAAGUUCAACAGGAGAUAAAAGCCUAUUGUUGACUGCCUGAGUUGAUUACUAAAUGGCGCUUACAAGUUGUAGAAGUAUAUUCAUCACUGGCUGUAAUCGAGGUCUUGGGUUAGAGUUCGUCAAGCAGUUCCUCAAUCUUCCAUGUCCUCCAGAGUUCUUGUUCGCAACGUGUAGAUCCUUAGCACCCAGGAGUACAAAUGAGCUCAAGCAACUUGCCUCUCAAAACAAAAACCUUCACCUCAUUCAACUCGAUGUCGAUAAUCACGAAGCCAUCAAAAGGGCGGUUUCUGAAGUAGGCGAAAAACUACAAGGAAGAGGUCUUGACAUUCUGUUCAAUAAUGCUGGUACGAUUGACCGAGCGACACUGGCAAACAUCAAAGCUGAAUCAAUAAGCCAACUUUACAAAACAAAUGUGGUGGGGCCACUAAUGCUGACACAGGCUUUCCUGCCAUUCUUAAAGAAAGCAGCCGCUGAUCCCAAUAAGGAAUCAAGCAACGCACUUGUCUUGAAUAUGUCUUCCAUUCUUGGCUCCAUCGAAAAGAAUACGACUGGAGGACUGUAUUCUUACCGAGCAAGUAAAGCAGCUUUGAAUUCAAUUAACAGGUCACUGAGCGUGGAUCUGAAGCCUUUUGGGAUAGUGUCUGUUGUUCUUCAUCCUGGCUGGGCACGGACUGAAAUGGGUGGGCCGGCCGCAACUGUUAGUAUAUCCGAUAGUGUUUCUGGAAUGAUGAAGGUUAUUGGAUCGUUGGACGAAUCAAAGAGUGGCAUGUUUAUAGAUUACAAAGGAAACACUCUUCCGUGGUAAAAAAAAACCUGGAUUUUUUGUGUUUUCGUCAUUCCAAGAUUUACUAUAGUUAGCCCAUCGAUCGUUGGUCAACUUAGGCAACUAACCAAUAAAUAAUGUUGAGAAUA